CUGUGAGAGGAUUUGAUGAAAGAUCCACUGGCAGUACCUUUGGAGUUUUAUAGGGCUUACACAUCAGAAAGCACAUAUUUUGGUUACAGUAAAACCGCUCGCACCAUGAGUAAACGAAAAGUAAAAGAAACACACAUGACCGUUGGCGAAUGUAUUUCUCAGGUUCAGACGAUAUUGAGGCAGAGAUUUUGUCACCAGAGGCUCCCGGAAAAGCCAAUGGGGAUUGAAUCACAACACAAACACCUGUUGGAGCUGCUGAGGAGGACAGCUGUUCAUGGAGAGAGUAACUCUGUACUCAUUGUGGGACCCAGGGGGUCUGGGAAAACAAUGCUUCUGAAGUGUGUCUUGAGGGAUUUACUGGAAGUGAAGGAUGUCAACAAGAAUGUGUUACAGGUCCACCUGAAUGGGCUUCUACAGACUGAUGACAGAAUAGCCCUUAAAGAAAUCACCCGCCAGCUCAAUCUUGAGAAUGUAGUAGGGGACAAGGUGUUUGGUAGUUUUGCUGAAAACCUGGCCUUCCUUCUUGAGGCAUUGAAGAAAGGUGAUCGCAGCAGCAGUCGGCCUGUCCUCUUUAUUCUGGAUGAGUUUGACCUGUUUGCCCACCAUAAGAACCAAACUCUGCUUUACAACCUCCUCGACGUCUCCCAGUCUGCUCAAGCUCCGGUCGCUGUGAUCGGCCUCACCUGCAGACUGGAUGUUUUGGAGCUGUUGGAGAAGAGGGUCAAGUCCAGGUUCUCUCACAGACAGAUCCACCUGCUCAGCUCACUGAGCUUCAGGCAGUAUCUGGACAAUGUCAUCUUACAGCUCAGCCUGCCUCCGGACUUUGCCGAUGCCAAGUUCUUUGAGGAGUGGAAUGACAGCAUUAAGAGACUAUGCAAAGACAAAUCGGUGGUCGAUGUCUUAGAAAAACAUUAUAACUCGAGCAAAGACUUCCGAUCCUUGCACCUGUUGUUGAUGUUGGUUUUGAGCCAAGUAAGCGUAUGUAAACCUUCCAUCAAACCCACUGACCUUCUGGAAGCCAGCAGAGUCUGUGUGGCGGAUUCCAAAGCAAACAUACUUCAUGGUCUGUCUGUUCUUGAAUUGUGCUUGAUAAUUGCGAUGAAACACUUGAGUGACAUCUAUGAAGGAGAACCGUUUAACUUCCAAAUGGUUCACAAUGAGUUUAAAAAGUUCCUCCAGAGGAAAUCUCAGUCCAUCUAUAACUUUGACAAGCCGGUCGUCAUGAAGGCAUUUGAACACCUUCAGCAGUUGGAGUUAAUUAAAUCUGUUGACGGUUCAACAGGGAAGAUCCAUAAGGAGUACCAGUUGAUGAAACUCAUGCUAGACCACAACCAGAUAAUGGAGGCACUGCAGAAAUACCCCCAGUGCCCCACAGAUGUCAAACAAUGGGCCUUGUCUGCAUUUGGUUGACUGUAAUACGUUUGCAGUAUGGAUCCAGAACUGGUUGCUUUGGACAACCAGUAAAAGACGAGAGACCUUGAAUUAAGCCAUCAGUGACUGAACUCAUCUCAGUGCUUCUCCCAUGUCUAUAUUUCCAAUGGGUGUAAAUAGAAAGAUUUGGCGUUACUUAAUAAAGACAAGCAAUGUUUUUUUCA